GCAACAGGGGCGGACGUGUGUGUGUCAUAACUCUACAGUAAACAUGGCGGCCAUCUGCCGGCUAGCAAGAAUAAACGGACUUGCGUCCAGCAUCUGCAGCUGGCAUCGUUUAACGUUGAACAAAAGCUCUCAAAGCCGAGGAAUCGCGUCAUGUAUCGACCCUUCUCAUGGACUCACAGACGAACAGAAGGAGUUCCAGAAAGUGGCCUUUGACUUUGCAGCAAAUGAAAUGAGUCCACACAUGGCAGAAUGGGACCAAAAGGAGAUCUUUCCAGUGGAGACGAUGCGGAAAGCAGCUCAGUUGGGGUUUGGUGGAAUCUACGUUCAGCCGGAUGUUGGAGGAUCAGGCCUGUCCCGCCUUGACACAUCGAUCAUCUUUGAGGCCUUGUCCACAGGAUGUGUUAGCACCACAGCUUACAUGAGUAUCCACAACAUGUGUGCUUGGAUGAUAGACACCUUUGGUAAUAAUGAGCAGAGGGAGAAAUUCUGUCCUGAUUUAUGUUUGAUGGAAAAAUUUGCCUCCUAUUGUCUCACUGAACCAGGCAGUGGCAGUGAUGCUGCCUCUCUUCUGACCUCUGCACAGCAGAAAGGGGACCAUUACAUAUUAAAUGGAUCAAAGGCCUUCAUCAGUGGAGGAGGAGACACCGACCUGUAUGUUGUGAUGUGCAGGACGGGAGGUAAAGGACCCAAAGGCAUCUCCUGUUUGGUGGUGGAGAAGGGAACACCAGGCCUGACCUUUGGCAAAAAAGAAAAGAAGGUAGGCUGGAACUCUCAGCCAACCAGAGCGGUCAUAUUCGAGGAUUGUGCGGUUCCAGUGACUAACAGGCUUGGUGAGGAAGGACAAGGCUUCAGCAUCGCCAUGAAAGGCCUGAAUGGAGGCAGGAUUAAUAUUGCUUCCUGUUCUCUCGGGGCGGCUCAUGCCUCCGUACAGCUAGCGAGGGAUCAUCUUCUGGUACGCAAACAGUUUGGAGAAACCCUCUCCAACAACCAAUUUCUUCAGUUCAAACUGGCAGAAAUGGCCACAAAGUUGGUUGCCUCCCGUCUUCUGGUGCGUGAAGCUGCCACGGCGCUGCAGGAGGACCGAUCUGAUGCUGUUCCCCUAUGCUCCAUGGCCAAGCUUUUUGCCACAGACCAGUGCUUUCAUAUCUGUAACCAGGCGCUCCAGAUGCAUGGUGGCUAUGGCUACCUCAAAGACUACGCCGUGCAGCAGUUUGUGCGUGACAUCAGAGUGCAUCAGAUCCUAGAAGGCACAAAUGAAGUAAUGCGGAUGAUUAUUUCUCGAAGUCUCUUGACAGAAGCAUAAAAAAUCCUAUUACCUGGAUGAUCAUAUGACUCCAACAGUGACUCCAUUGUGUAGGUCUACAUGUCCAGUUUGUUACUAAAAUGUCCUCAGCACAUUUCUCAAAAGGUGGAAAAAGACUAUUUCCACUAUUUCCACCAUUGUAGUUUUUUCAUUUGUUUGUUACAUUCACAUAUCAAAUACUAGUGUUGUUUCCAUAUGUGGUCCUUUUGAGAUGAAUGAUGCUUGUGAUUAGUACAUUGCUUCACUGUCUACAUCAGCAUUCAUUUCAAAGCACAGCACAAUAUAGUAUAAGUACAGUCCUUAUACACAUGAUGUGUUUGAUCAACAGACAUUUAUCAGUGACUGAUAUCUAAUUAAGUCUGACUUACCGAUUCUGUAUCAUGGGCACAGUUUGAAUCCAAAAACAUGUUUCAUGUGAAGCUGCUACUGUGAAAGAAAUAAUUAGCUGUUUCUAUUUCUAUUUAAAAAUUCUCUUUUCAGUCAGUCUGGGGGAGAGGUUUUGAUGAUCUAUUUUUAUUAUGCUCCACUAAUGCAUCCAGCCUUAGUGUCCUUGUUCCUAAAGCGGCCUUUCACGUCUGAUUUCACUCUAUGGUUACUAUAUUUUUGUGUGUAGUAGCAGAAAAGCAUUUGCCGUGCACCGCUGCAGACAAACUCCACCUGCAGGCACUCCGAAUAAAAUGAUCCUAACUUUAAUAGAA